AUGGAACAGCUAGCGCAUUUCGUAACCAAAUCCUUCGAGUAUAACAACAGUCGUGUGCUGGAUAUUCUCAACAUGACUGCCGGCGGUCGGUUGGGCGAAGACUUUCUCAAUCGCAGCAAUGAUCCGGAUCUGAUGUCGAACAAUAGCAGUAGUGCAAGCAACUGUGAGAACGGAGAUCUGGAAGAGGAAAUCCAGGGUCACUCCGUGGAUCAGCGGAAUCAUAGCGCUAGUGUUCGGCAUUCUAACGACGAAGAGGACAAUGAUGAUGAGGAAUCCAUCGAUGUGGAAAUUACGGACCUAUCCUAUAGUACGGGUUCCGGGCUGAAUGGCAGCUACGAACAGAGUGAUAAAAUCAAAACAUCAGCAAUAACGCUGUCGAUUGUGGAGAAUAAGUUUAGUGCUGCGAACAAUAACAAUAAUAAUAACAACGACAUAAUAGUCAGUAAUCGAAAUGAAAAUAGUGUAAUUAAAAAGUAUGACAAUAAAUUAAUCGAGCGUGAAAAAUCGGUUGAUCUGGAAUAUGGAAGUCCUCCAACGAGAACACCAAUUAGCAAGCGGCAUGUGCCGAAGAAUUGGUUAAUUGCCGAUUUGGUCGAGGAAGCAAACGGUAAGAAGCAAGAAAAAUCGAAACAAGAUGUUGCCUUAAAUCUGGUUCGUUCGGAGAGCGACCCCAACUACAAGUCAGCCGAACCCAACGCGCUGGUUCGACCGAAGCCUGCCUCCGAAUUGCUUAAGCAAAGCGUAGACCUAAUCAAUGGCCACGGAUAUCCUCCGCUACCAGCAGCUUCCCUUCCGCCCGGCACGAUUCACAACCAACCGGAAAGCAACGCCCAUCACUCCCACAGCAUCAACACCGACAACGAUUCCGACACAGACAAGCUAGACCUGGCAUCAUCACCGGAUGACCAUCAGGAUCAGGAUUCGAACGAACCAACCAGCAACGGUGGUAUUUCGGACGAGAAGCUCAAAUCGUCACCCGCUCCGCCGGAGGCGCUACUCAGCGGGCAUGGUUUGUCCAGUUUAGCCAACAACAAGCAGAGGCGAUCCCGCACCAAUUUUACGCUGGAACAAUUGAACGAACUGGAACGGCUGUUCGAGGAAACUCACUAUCCGGAUGCGUUCAUGCGGGAAGAACUCAGCCAGCGGCUGGGACUGAGCGAGGCGAGGGUGCAAGUUUGGUUCCAAAAUCGACGUGCGAAAUGUCGGAAGCACGAGAAUCAACUACACAAAGGUAUCAUCCUAUCAAGCCACAGCCCACCGGUGACAACCCCACUGGAACCAUGCCGGAUAGCACCGUACGUGAAUGUCCCCUCACUGCGAGGAAGCGUGACAUCGGCGGCAGCCGGAGUCACGCCUCCGACCGGGGUCAACACUGCCAGCACACAUCCUGGAUUCCCCGGUGCAGCCUUCUCGGCUUUUGACACGGCAUUUAUUUCCGCAGCAGCACAUCAGUAUGCGGCUGCGCUGUCCUCCGGAACGGUUCCAGCGGGUCUCUUCUCGCUAUCGCAGUAUCGGCCUGCGACGAGUGGUCUGGCAGCGGCGGCAGCAGCUGCUGCGGCCACCGCCUCUCUGCCUGGCUUCACCGUUGCGCACGACAAAAACUCCAGUAUCGUUGAUCUUCGGUUGAAGGCAGAAAAACAUAAGGAAAAUCAGAAGAAAAUUGUGAAUAAUGUGUCGUAA